AUGGACCACAGGAAGGUACUGAACAAUUGGUAUCGAAUCAAGUCCACGCUCAUGCGAAACGGACCACAGGAAGGUACUGAACAAUUGGUAUUGAAUCGAGUCAAUGCUCAAGCAAAAUGGACUGCAGGAAGCCUUCAAGGGAAGACCUUCCUGUGGCUUGAUUCGCUUCAACGUAGACUCGUUUGGAUAGUGCUUCACGUCCCAAAAACGCUCCAAGAAACCGUUUACGAAACCGUCAACUCUUCAUGGAGUGCUUCACGUCCCAAAAACGCUCCAAGAAACCGUUUACGAAACCGUCAACUCUUCAUGGAGGCCUUCCUGUGCCUCGAUUUCCCUCAACGUAGACUCGUUUGGAUACUACUUCAUGUCCCGAAAACGCUCCGACAAACCGUUUACGAAACCGUCAACUCUUCAUGGAGGCCUUCCUGUGCCUCGAUUUCCCUCAACGUAGACUCUUUUGGAUACUACUUCAUGUCCCGAAAACGCUCCGACAAACCGUUUACGAAACCGUCAACUCUUCGUGGAGACCUUCCUGUGUCUCGAUUUCCUUCAACGUAG